UACACCCCUGUCACUUCCAUUUCAGUUACUCUUCUUCUCGCGUCUUCUUUUUCCUCUGCACGUCUAAAACUUCUUCUUCUCCCCCCUUCUCUCUGAGUUUUGUUGCAGAGCAACAAUGGCGGCGUCUACUCGGCUGUCGCAUUUGGCUCUCUAUAUUUGCUUACUCCACUUUACAUGUCUUUAUGCCUCUUCGAAUGUAGAUUUAGACGCAUUAAUGGCGUUCAAAGCGGCGUCUGAUAAAGGGAAUAAGCUCACCACAUGGAACUCUACCUCUAAUCCAUGUGCUUGGGAUGGAGUUUCUUGCCUUAGAAAUAGGGUCUCGAGGUUGGUUCUUGAGAAUCUUGAUCUUACAGGCUCUAUGGCUCCUCUUACGGCUUUGACUCAGUUACGAGUGCUGAGCCUUAAGCGGAACCGUCUCUCUGGUCCCAUUCCCGACCUCUCCAACUUCACUGCUCUCAAACUCGUGUUUCUAUCGUACAAUGAAUUUUCCGGUGACUUCCCGGCUUCUUUUCGGUCUCUCGUCCGGCUCUACCGUCUCGAUCUUUCUCACAAUAACCUAACUGGAGAGAUACCGGCUUCUGUUAACCGUAUGGCUCAUCUUCUCACUCUCCGGGUCGAAGAUAACCGGUUUUCAGGUUCUAUUUUGGAACUGAACCUGCCGAAUCUUCAGGACUUCAAUGUUUCAGCGAACAGUUUCUCCGGCGAAAUCCCCAAAUCGUUGUCGACGUUUCCUGAGUCUUCUUUCGGCCAGAACUUGGGUUUGUGUGGUUCCCCGCUCCAGAGCUGUACGAGCAUUGUCAGUAAUCCGACGGAACCCGGAUCCGAAGGGGCAAUUGCCUCGCCCAUUACACGGCCGCGGAACCUCACUGUUUCAUCUUCUCCGACUUCCCUUCCCGGAGUUUCACCUGAAACAAAGCCGGAAAAUACACACCACCACAGCACUGGAAAGAUAGGUUCUCUAGCACUAAUCGCCAUAAUUCUCGGCGACGUUUUGGUACUAGCAGUGGUCUCGCUUCUUCUCUAUUGUUAUUUCUGGAAAAACUCUGCUGACAGAUCCAGAGACAGGAAGGGAUCGUCGAAGCUUCUGGAGAGCGAGAAGAUUGUUUACUCUUCUAGUCCAUUUCCAGUCCAAGGCGGAACAGAGAGAGGCCGGAUGGUGUUCUUCGAGGGAGUCAAGAAGUUCGAGCUCGAAGAUUUGCUUCGAGCCUCCGCGGAAAUGCUCGGUAAGGGUGGGUUCGGAACUUCGUACAAGGCGAUUCUCGACGACGGCAAUGUGGUGGCGGUGAAACGGCUGAAAGAUGCUCAUGUUGGAGGAAAACGAGAGUUCGAGCAGCACAUGGAGGUAUUGGGAAGGUUGAGACAUGCUAAUAUUGUAAGCUUGAGAGCUUACUAUUUCGCAAGAGAGGAGAAGUUAUUGGUAUAUGAUUACAUGCCCAAUGGCAGCUUCUUCUGGCUUCUUCACGGGAACAGAGGUCCUGGACGGACGCCGUUGGACUGGACGACGAGGUUGAAGAUUGCCGCCGGAGCGGCUAGAGGACUGUCCUUCAUUCACAACUCCUGCAAGUCCCUCAGGCUCGCCCAUGGCAAUGUUAAAUCCACCAACAUCCUUUUGGACCAAUCUGGAAAUGCUCGCGUCUCUGAUUUCGGAUUGGCCCUUUUCACUCCCCCUUCCACUCCUCGAUCCAACGGUUACCGGGCGCCGGAGUGCGGUGAGGGUAGAAAACUAACUCAGAAGGCGGAUGUGUACUCGUUUGGGGUUCUUCUCCUCGAGCUGCUUACUGGAAAGUGCCCUUCCGUCAUGGAGAACGGCGGUGGAUACGGCGGCGUGUUGGAUUUGCCCCGGUGGGUUCAGUCGGUGGUGCGAGAGGAGUGGACGGCUGAAGUGUUUGAUUUGGAGCUGAUGAGAUACAAAGACAUCGAAGAGGAAAUGGUGGGGCUUCUGCAGAUCGCCUUGGCCUGUACAUCGGCUUCGCCGGAUCAACGGCCGAAGAUGAGCCAUGUGGUGAAGAUGAUUGAGGAGCUCCGAGGGAUGGAGGUGUCGCCGUUCCAUGACGGAACUGACUCAGUUACAGAGUCGCCGUCAGUUUCGGAGGGGACUUGCGGCGGAGGAGCCAGCCAGUAAACGACGGUGGGAUGAGGUUGUUUCUAAAUUGUUAUUAGCAAUAGCAGCUGAAGUAGUAGUAGCGNUAAUUUUA